CUGCUGAAAGAAAAAAACAUAUGUUGGCUGUUGAUGUGGAGUGGCUGUUUGGUCCGGUCGAUUCAGGUGGAACUUUACCUUGGUUUCCAAAAAUCCAGUUUCUACAUAAAUGAACAUGGUGAAAAUCUCGAGUCUUUCAAGAGCUGUGGAACUAAGAAUAUAGUAAAAAUCAUUUUAAUUGCCUGAUUAUCGGAUCGUUGGAUAAAUAAUAAUAUUGGGAACGAAUUUCAAGAAGUCAGCAAUUCAUCAUGAAGCUGGUUAGCAAAAAUGUGGACAAGGGUCAGGGCACCGUCGUUCUAAUACCCGAAGAAUCAGAAGAUAUGUGGCAUGCAUAUAAUCUCAUUGCCGAGGGUGAUAGCGUCCGCAGCACAACAAUACGCAAAGUUCAAAACGAAACAGCCACUGGUUCCAGCACAAGCAGCCGUGUACGAACUACUUUAACUAUUACAGUGGAGACAAUAGAUUUUGAUACACAGGGAUGUGUUCUACGUCUGAAAGGACGUAACAUUGAAGAGAACCAGUACGUUAAAAUGGGUGCUUAUCACACAUUGGAUUUGGAACUAAAUCGUAAAUUUGAAUUGCGUAAGCCAGAAUGGGAUUCUAUUGCAUUGGAGCGUAUAGAAAUGGCCUGUGAUCCAACGCAAUCGGCCGAUGUGGCAGCAGUAGUCAUGCAGGAAGGUCUGGCUCAUGUUUGCCUUAUAACACCCAGCAUGACAUUGGUGCGCAGCAAAAUCGAAGUCAAUAUACCACGCAAACGAAAGGGAAAUAUUCAACAACAUGAAAAGGGCCUCAUUAAAUUUUAUGAAAGUGUUAUGCAGGGUAUUCUGAGGCAUGUCAAUUUCGAUGUUGUCAAGUGUGUACUGGUUGCCUCUCCCGGUUUUGUAAAGGAUCAGUUUAUGGAAUACGUAUUUCAACAGGCUGUUAAGCUAGAUAUUAAGUUGUUGCUGGACAACAAGAGUAAAUUUAUGCUUGUCCAUUCCUCAUCUGGAUUUAAACAUUCACUGCGAGAGGUAAUGCAAGAACCAUCGGUUAUGUCGAAAAUUUCCGAUACGAAAGCAGCUGGAGAAGUUAAGGCGUUGGAACAAUUUUACACAAUGUUGCAGUGUGAACCAUCAAAGGCCUUUUAUGGUAAAAAACAUGUAAUGGCAGCUGCGGAAGCUCAGGCCGUUGAAACUCUACUCAUAUCGGAUAAUCUGUUUCGUUGCCAAGACGUUAAUUUGCGCAAAGAAUAUGUACAGCUUGUGGAAAGUGUCCGAGACGCCGGUGGUGAUGUAAAAAUAUUUUCCAGCAUGCAUAUUUCGGGUGAACAGUUAUCCCAAUUGACCGGCAUUGCUGCAAUACUACGUUUUCCCAUGCCUGAACUGGAAGAGGACUCGGAUGGCGAUGAAAAUGUUGAUUCGGAUUCAGACUAGACAGACAGUUGAUUAUAGAUUUAGAGUGUUAUAGGCAACGAUUUAUAAAGAAAUACAAACGAACUUUUUUUAUAACAAAUCACUACUGUAAAAAUGCUCGCUUAGUAAUUUCAGCGUUUCGAAAUAGACAUAAUUUAGCUGUAAAGGUAACGUAAAUAAAGUAACGGUUCUUAUACUUAUUUCAGACUGCAAUAAGACAAUUCGAUUUUAAAGAUAUACAUGAAUUACAAGUUUUGAAGUUACAAUAAAGUAAACACUUGAGAGUACCAAGGGCUGAGGCAAAUAUUAUGUCGCAGUACUUCAGUAUGGAGGGGAUAUA